CAACAUGGCGGAUGAAGCUGUGAGAGUAACUUCAAACAAGACAUGCGAAACUGCCACAAAAACUAUUGAAGCGUUGCGUCUAUUCAAUGAAAGGUCUAUGCAUGAUUCUCCAAAUGUUGAUGACGAUGAUUCCAAAAGUGAUGAAAUAGAAAGAGAAAAGACUGCAUCACCAUCUCUUGAAAUAGCAGAGGAAUGUAUUGAGUCCUUUAUACAUCAAGGACUAGAGAAUGUUGAUAAUGAACAUGAAGAGCCAGCCUCUACUUUAUCUGAUACAUAUAAUAGACAUCAUUUAGAGGUUUCCAAACCAUUAUCCAUUGACGGUUACAAGGAAGGUAGUUUUGAUCGCAAUCCUAAGUUACAAGAAAAUAUUUUAAACACUGAAGCAUCUCAUGAUUCUGAGAGGCACAACUUCAAAGAACAAACUACAAAUAUUAUCAUGGAAGUUAAAAAUAUCAUCAACACUUGUUUAUUAGAUGCUGCGAACUUAGAUGACAGCUUAAGUAUCAAUGCUGAUGAUGAUGCUAUUGAUAAUUCUGAAAAAGAACUUAAUGAAGUAAAAAAGGAAAUUGAUCUUGAAGAAAAUUCAAAGGAAAGGUUUGGAGAAACGUCUACAUUGAAUACUGAACAUUAUGACAGAACUUAUUCUAAAUCAAAAAUGAAUGAUUCGGUGAAGUCUGAUAUUGAAGAUACUGAAAGUUUUUUAAAGAAAGGCGACAAUGUUGCUACUGAUGAUGAUGGAAUAAAUCGUAACGAAGUAGACGCUACUAAAGAUGGUAAAAAAGACAAAAAGAAACACAAGAAGCACUCAAAAAAGAAAAAGAAAAAGCACAAGAAAGAGAAAAAGGCUGAGAAACAGAAAGGGAAAGAUUCCAAGGUAUCAGAGGAGAAAGGGGCAAAAGGUGAUGAUGAAAACAGUCUGGAAGAUCAAGUAUUUGAGAUGGACACYGAUGUCCCCUCCAGCAGCAGUAAAUAUUUAACCAUUGUGAAAGAUUCACUGGAAUCAAAGCCACACCAAAAGAGAAAAAUUGCAUCCAUAGUUACAUGUGUGUCAUCAGCCAAUGCGAAUACCUUGUCUGAUAAAGGAGAACCAGGUUUUAAAGAAGAGCCUAUAUCACAAAAGCACAAGGAGACCAGUAAAGUUGAUCAUUCUACAAUACAGUCUUCUGAAAGGAGUUCCAAGUCGAAUGAGAGCAUCAAAGAUGAGGUAAAAUCCAACGUAAGCACCUUGUCUAGCAAAGGUGAACAGGGUACCAAAGACGAUUCUACAUCACAAAGGUACUGGGAGACCAGCCAAAUUGAUAAAUCAAAAAGACGGUCUUCUGAAAGGAGUUCCAAGUCGAAUGAGGUUAAAGAGGGAGAGCUUCACAGACAAUUGUCCAGUGCAAGCACAUCAGCUGAGGCCAAAGACCAAGUCAAGCGUGACAAUACAAGUUACCAUAGUGAUAAGUCCUUUGGUGAAAAACACAAGAAAAGUAAAAAGAAGCGUAGACAUCGGUCACGUGAGGAAGAAAGUAGAGAGUCCCCACAAAGUGUUGGUAGAUUUUCAAAAAGCAGUACUCAAAGUGAAGAAUACAAAGAGAAAGAGGAGAAAAAGAAAAGUGAAUCUAGCGAAAGAGAUGUAAGGAAACUCUCCAGGCAUCAUUCCCACGAGAGUUCAAGAACAUCUUCACACUCGGAGCAUCAGAAAUCAAGGAUUAGUCGAAGCGGGUCAAGAGAAUCAGAAGAGUUUCAAACGUCUGAGAUUCGACAACGUCCACGAAGCAAAUCAAAGGACCGGCGGUCUAGAAAGCAUGGCAAAAGGUCCAGAAGCAAAUCAAAGCACCGUCGAAGCAGAAGCAGAUCAGUUGACAAGUCAUCAAAGGAUCGUCGUGAAUCAGGGAGGACAUCAAUGGGUGUGCAAACAAAGGAGGACCACCUGAGCAGAAGCAGAUCGGUGGACAAAACAUCAAAGAAUCGGUAUAGAUCUAAGAGCAAAUCAUCGGAUGGGUCCAAUGACGAAAUAAAGGAGAAGCGGCCAAGAAUUCGAGGAAGAUCAAGAAGCAGAUCAAUGGAAAAGGGUGAAAGGCGAAAAAGAGACUCCCAAAGAUCUAGAAAGAAGUCAAAUGCACCAACCAAAAAGCGUGCCUUGUCAAGGAGCAUCUCAAGGGAGAGGUCCCCAAGAGACCAAAAGUCACCUUCAAGAAAACAUGCCUCAAAAGAAAGGUCCCCGAUUCGUGUAGAGUCAAAUGCACCACCCAAAAAGCGUGCCUUGUCAAGGAGCACCUCAAGGGAGAGGUCCCCUAAAAAGCGUUCUCAAACGUCAACGGAGGUUCUUUCUGAUUACAACACCAAUUCGAAUGAGGACUCCACAAGUAUUUUGAACACAGUAAGAUCGUUUGCAACCUCUAUGGUUGAGAAACAGUCUUCAAAAGAGAGGUUAGUCCAGGGAACUAAUAAAACUAUUGAUAAUACAGAUUCAUUAAAGGAAGGAAAAGAAGAAGUUAAAGAUGAAGAACACGUGAAUAGAAUAUCAAAAGAUGGAAAUAGUGGAAAAGUUGUAACAAAGGAGGACUCAGAAGAUGAAAGAAAACAAUUUGAAGCUAAUGAGACUUCAGAAAAUGUACGAACAUCCAAGAACAGUAAUAGGCCAGAUGAAAAAGAAAUAUUAGCUGAUACUUCUGAAGGAAUUAAAACUAUUGAAGAUGCACUUGAUUUAGAAAGGGAAAAAAACCUUGAAUCUUCAGCGUCAUUAGACACCAAGCCCUGUAUUGAAAAGGCAAAUGUUGAACCAGAAGACCAGCAUGAUGCAAAAGGGAUAGAUGUAUAUAAUAAAACUGUUGGAAGCGAUCAAGCAAUGGAUACAACUUCAGGAAGCAUUUCCCAUCAAGAUGUGGCAAGCGUCAUGAAUAACGAACGCUCGAAUCAAAAUUCUGCUGCAAAUAUGAACAUUCAGAUACCUCCCCCUCCUCCUCACUUAUUAACUCAGAAUGAGCUUGCAAAUUCAAAUCUCCCAAGGGGUCCACCCCAUAAUAAGGGUAAUCUCGUUUGUCCGCCCGUGGUUAAUCCCUUUGUGAGAACUUUUCCGGAUCAAGGAACGACCAUGAACAGUGCUCCGAUUAAUCAGCAACCCCAAAGUGUCCAACAAUGCCCUGCUCCUCUAAAUAUGUUUGGUCCUCAACCACAGUCUGCUAAUCAAAUUGCCCUUGAUCAGUCGCAUACGGUUUUUACUGAAAAUGUUGUACCACAGGGGUUUGCUUUAGGACCUAAUCAGGAACCUUUAAAAGAUAACACUAGUGCACCUUCACCGUAUAUUCAGCAGUCUUCUUUGCUUGGGCUACCAACCUCUGCUAGUGUUAUACCCUUUCUUGACGAUGAAGGACCAAAAAUAUUACCUGAGGAGAAAGAAAAGCCCUCGAACAUUUGGGUCAAAACUGAUGCGGUUGACACCAACCAUGCGCAGGCGUUGGUGCCUAGUCCAGUAGACAUGGAUAUGUCGUCGCCUGAGGAGGAUAUUAUCGAAAAAAUGAAUGAGGAGUUUUGGGAAAAUGAAAGAAAGGGAACUAAAGAGGAUGACAACAGUGUUCGCAAGGAAAAGAGUCUUGAAUCACAGUAUGAUACUUGCACGCAAGUGCAGGAUGAACGAGAGGAGUAUGACCCUGAGCACUUUGUCUCCAACACCAGUCCGAAACAGAAAAAGAAGAAAGAUAAAACCAAGAAACACUCGGAUUCCAAAACUAAAGUUCAGUCGCUUAUCGAUAAGCUGCAUAGACAAGCGCGUGUUGAAGACGAAGUCAAGAUAGUCCUGAAGGAUUACUACAAGCACAGGGAAAUCAAUAAAAAUGAAUACAAAGAUAUUCUGAGAAAAGCAGUACCCCAGGUUGCCAACUCAGACCAUUCCAUCGAUCCAGAAAGAAUUCGCUCACUAGUAAAAAAGUAUGUGGCAAAAAUGAAAGGGCAACGCCACCUCAAACCAAAAAGCUAACAGCUGACCUUAAUUUUUUUGUUUUUCUACACACAAAAAAAAGUUAAUGUAAUAUAAAAUAUAUGUACAUAGCUGUUUGUAUUAAGAAUGGUCACGCGAGAUGAUACCCAUGUUGGAUGGAAGAGUUUAUCAAAUUUCAUUAAAAAUAGGACAUUUGCAUUAUGGUUGCACUAUCUUCAUCUACCAGAAUCCCUCGCACACUUUAUUUUGUUCAGUUAAUUACCACCAGUUUUCUUACUAUUCUCACAAGGAAUAUGAAAUAAUAUAAAAGAAUAAGAAAUAAUAUAAGAAAUAAUAUGAAAGAAAAUUUGCAAAACAUUUGGUUAGUGAGAGUCAAAUGAUGCCAUCAUGCUAACAAGCCAUUGCUACUCCGAUUGCUAUUGCAACUUUAGAGAUGUCAGCGCCAAUCAAAAAUUUACUAAAACCUGUUGUAUAUUUGAUUGAGGGAGGCCAAAACAUGAGAAAAUGUGCCCCAUUUGGAGUUUUCUGGUGACCAGAAACAUGAAUGAAAACUAUGAAUCAUGCUGAUGUAGUAAUGGUUUAUGCAUUCCAUUUUGCCUUCCAGUUCAAAAUACCCUUUGGUUUUUGAUGUAAAAAAAUUAUAUUAAAAAUAUUCCUAUGAUUCACUAUA